AUGCUCCAGCAGCAGUGGGGUCAUGCUCCAGCAGCAGUGGGGUCAUGCUCCUGCAGCAGUGGGGUCAUGCUCCUGCAGCAGUGGGGUCAUGCUCCAGCAGCAGUGAGGUCAUGCUCCUGCAGCAGUGGGGUCAUGCUCCAGCAGCAGUGGGGUCAUGCUCCAGCAGCAGUGAGGUCAUGCUCCUGCAGCAGUGAGGUCAUGCUCUUGCAGCAGUGGGGUCAUGCUCCAGCAGCAGUGGGGUCAUGCUCCUGCAGCAGUGGGGUCAUGCUCCUGCAGCAGUGGGGUCAUGCUCCUGCAGCAGUGGGGUCAUGCUCCAGCAGCAGUGAGGUCAUGCUCCUGCAGCAGUGGGGUCAUGCUCCAGCAGCAGUGGGGUCAUGCUCCAGCAGCAGUGAGGUCAUGCUCCUGCAGCACAGUGGGGUCAUGCUCCUGCAGCAGUGGGGUCAUGCUCCUGCAGCAGUGGGGUCAUGCUCCAGCAGCAGUGAGGUCAUGCUCCUGCAGCAGUGGGGUCAUGCUCCAGCAGCACUGGGGUCAUGCUCCAGCAGCAGUGAGGUCAUGCUCCAGCAGCAGUGA